AUGUCAAGCUCCAGAGACUGGUCCGUUUUAGAGGUGUCAGAGGGCACACAGCGCUUCAUUGCGCAGAUGGGCUUCAAGCGGAUGACGCCAGUGCAAGCCAUCACCAUCCCCCUGUUGCUGAAGCAACGAGACGUCGCGGUGGAGGCCUGCACGGGCUCAGGGAAGACCUUGGCCUUCUUGAUCCCCACUUUCGAGAUCAUGUGCCGCGCCCUGUCGGAGGGCGUGAGCCGCCGCCCUGGCAGCCUGCAACUCAUGGUGGGGGCCGCCAUCAUCGCACCCACCAGGGAAUUGGCCACGCAGAUCUAUGAGGUCUUUGGGCUCUACUUGAAAUCCGCCAAGGUGGAGCUCUGCGAAAGGCUGAGCCGCCAGCUAUGCGUGGGCGGCUCCGACGCCAAGGGCGCCGCGGCGGCGCUCCGGCGCCUCGCAGCGCAGGAGGCGGCGCCGGUGCCGCUGCACCUGGUGGCGGCCACACCGGGGCGGCUGCGGGCGUUGUUGGCCUUGGAGGAAACACCGCUGAACAUGAAAAGCUUGGAGCUGCUGGUUUUUGAUGAGGCCGACAGUCUGUUGAAGUUGGGCUUCGCCAUGGACAUCCAGGCCAUCCUUGCGGCCGUGCCCAAGCAGCGCCGCACGGGGCUCUUCAGUGCCACGCUCACCACGGAGCUGCAACGGAUCAUGAAGACCGGCAUGCGGAACCCGGUGCACGUCUGCGUCAGGCUGAAACGCCCUGGGGAUGCUGGGGAAGGGAACCAGGCUUUGAAAGUGAGGAAAAAACAACCAGAAGCCAUUGCAGAUGGAAGUGUGGAAGAGGAGAAGAAACCACUGGUGAGUCAUGAGUUGCCGACCAAGUUGAGCAAUUAUUUUCUGCAACUGCCUGCUACAGAGCGCUUCGGCUUCUUACGGCACUUUUUGCAGGUGCCCGAGGUGCGAAAUGGCAAAACUAUUGUUUUUUUCCUGACCUGUGCCACUGUGGAUUACUUCCACGUGCUCUUGCGCGAUUUAAUCGAUCUUCGACGAGCUAGCAAGAAGGGCAACAAGAAACCCGAUGUGAUUCGAAUCGAAAAACUGCAUGGCCAAAUGGAUCCUACAGCGAGAUCGCGGGCCUACGAGAAAUUCUGCAAGAGCCCUCCAGAGGAAGGAGCUGUUUUGCUCGCCACAGAUGUCGCAGCGCGUGGCAUCGACGUGGAAGCUGUUCAGUGGAUCGUGCAAGUAGAUCCCCCCACGGAUCCGGCUGCUUUUGUCCAUCGGAUUGGUCGCACAGCGCGGGCUGGACAGAGUGGCAGGGCAGUGGUGUUACUGCUGCCACAUGAGGAUGGAUAUCUUCCCUUUCUGGAGAAACGAGGCAUUCAACUGGAGGAGCUUCCAGAUGAGCUCAGGGUGGAUGAAGAGACUGCCAGUAGCACUCUGAAGAGGUGUAAACGAGUGGUGGAAACUGACCGUGCGGUGAUGUUGAAAUCCACCAAGGCCUUCUUGUCAUUUGUGAGGGCCUAUCAGGAACAUCAGCUGCCCUUCCUCUUUCCGUUCAAGGAUUUGGACCUGGGCAAUUUGGCCACGGGCUAUGCCUUGCUGAGACUACCACGAAUCAAAGAGAUCCUGGGGAAGCAGGUGAAGGGCUUCCAGCAAAGCCAGGUGGAUCCUGCAUCAGUCCCUUUCAAGAGCAAGAAGCAAGAGAAGCAACGGAAGGAGAAGUUGGCAAAGGACCUGGAAGAGCGGGAAAAGAACAAGGAGGAGGAGAAGAAAGCACAGCUGCUGAAGCAGAAGCAAGCAGCCAAGGAUGCGGCCAAGGCAGAAAAGAAUCGAACCAGGACACAGAAGCGGCAAGCCAAGAGAAAUGAGCGCGAGGAGACGUGGGAGAGCCUGGCCAAAGAGGAGACCUUGGCCAAGAAGCUGCGGAAAGGGAAAAUCACGGCCUCGCAGUUCGAGUCAAGGUUGAAGAGGAUCAACAGCAAGGAAAGUGGUGAUGAGGAAGAAGAGGCUGGCAACUGGAUAAGAUUGUUUUGGGGAGAUGGACUUGACCUUGAGUCAGACAGAUUCAGCACACUCAAGUCUGGCAGUUCCGAUCAAAAAGAACUCAAGCCUUUCAAGAACAACCUGCCAGAGUGA